AUGGCGACCUCACCAGUGUCCGCCGACUUCUCUUCCCCACCGCUUAAGCGCAGCAAGAUUGUGCUGCUGGGAGACCAAAGCGUUGGCAAAACCAGUCUCAUUACGAGAUUCAUGUACGAUACAUUUGACAACACAUACCAAGCCACAAUAGGGAUUGACUUCCUGAGCAAAGCAAUGUAUCUCGAAGACCGUACUGUACGACUGCAACUUUGGGAUACUGCUGGUCAAGAACGAUAUCGCUCGCUAAUUCCUUCUUACAUCCGAGACUGCUCUGUUGCUAUAGUCGUGUUUGACAUUACAAACCGUCAGUCCUUCCUGUCAACAUCAAAAUGGAUAGACGACGUUCGCUCAGAACGAGGGAGUGACGUGAUUAUUGUGCUAGUGGGUAACAAGGCAGAUUUGUCUGAUAAGCGACAAGUCAUGUUGGAGGAAGCUAACACCAAGGCAACACAGCUCGAGAUCAUGUUCAUGGAGACCUCUGCGAAAGCCGGCCAUAAUGUCAAGAGUCUCUUCAAGAAGAUUGCUAUGGAAUUGGUGGGUAUGGAGAAAGAGACUGAAGCUUCCGAGACGCAGAACACCAGUACGAUACCUCCUCUUACAUUAUUUUAUGCAGGUUCUUAUCGUUCACCGCCAGAAAUUGACGUAACAGCACCGCCGACGAAUGAGGUACCCGAUGCGUCAUCGUGCAACUGUUAA